UCCUUUCAGUUUUCGACCAUGGCGGAAUGUGUUCGAGUUGAAGGGAGUAGUCACAGCAUGGAUAAAAGCAUUACUCUUCCACCUGACGAGAUAUUCCGCAAUUUGGAGAACGCCAAGCGGUUCGCCAUAGACAUAGGUGGCUCUCUUACAAAGCUGGCCUACUACUCCACUGUUCAGCACAAAGUGGCCAAAGUACGAUCUUUCGACCAUACUGCAAAGGAGGUUCCUAGCGACAAGCUCUAUGAGAUAUCUGUGCAGGAAGAGAUCACUGCACGCCUGCACUUUAUCAAGUUUGAAAAUGCAUACAUUGAAACAUGCUUGGACUUCAUCAAAGACCAUCUGGUCAACACUGAAACCAAAGUCAUCAAAGCCACAGGCGGAGGGGCACACAAGUUCAAAGACCUCAUUGAGAAGAAACUUGGACUCAAAGUGGAUAAAGAGGAUGAGAUGACCUGCCUUAUCAAGGGCUGCAACUUUGUGCUGAAGAACAUCCCCCAUGAGGCUUUUGUCUAUGCCAAGCACGCUGACUCGGAGUUCCGCUUUCAGAAUACGCACCCAGACAUUUUCCCUUAUCUGCUUGUAAACAUCGGCUCUGGGGUGUCUAUUGUAAAGGUUGAAUCAGAGGAUAAAUUUGAGCGCAUAGGAGGGAGCUCAAUAGGCGGGGGGACAUUCUGGGGCCUUGGAGCCUUGCUCACCAAAACAAAGAGAUUUGACGAAUUGCUACAGUUGGCCUCAAAAGGGCAGCACACAAGUGUGGAUAUGCUUGUCAAAGAUAUCUACGGAGGAUCUUAUGGGUCUUUGGGCUUGACUGGAGAUCUUAUUGCGAGCAGUUUUGGGAAGUCUGCUACUGCUGACAAAGACUUUUCCAAAGAAGACAUGGCCAAGAGUUUACUCCAUAUGAUCAGCAAUGACAUCGGGCAGCUGGCCUGCCUGUAUGCCAAGCUCCACAACCUCUCCAGAGUGUAUUUUGGUGGCUUCUUCAUUAGAGGACACCCUGUCACCAUGCACACAAUCACCUACAGCAUAAACUUCUUCACCAAGGGUGAAGUUCAAGCCUUGUUCUUGAGACAUGAAGGCUAUCUUGGAGCCAUUGGAGCAUUUCUUAAAGGAGCAGAGGAAGACAAUCCAAACCAGUACAGCUGGGGGGAGAAUUAUGCUGGAAGCUCAGGCCUGAUGAGCGUUUCUCCAGAUAUAAAUCCCAUGCAACGUGCACGGAGUGGAACGUUUCCCUUUGACAUGUUGGAGAUGGACCGCCUGGAGAGGCAGCUGGUAAAUCUGCCUCUGCUGCAGGAUGCCUCUUCCUAUAUCCCUGACACAGUGGAUCUAACAGAGGACGCUCUGGCCCGCGAGUACUGGCUCUCCUGCUUCGAAGAGGCCCUAGAUGGGGUGGUGAAGAGAGCUGUGGCGAGUCAGCCUGACAUCCCAGAGGCAGCGGAGCGAGCCGAGAAGUUCCGUCAGAAGUACAGGCACAAGCUUCAGACCCUCCGCCACCAGCCUUUUGCUUAUGGAUCCCUCACUGUCAGAAGUCUGUUAGACACGAGGGAACACUGUUUAAACGAGUUCAACUUUCCUGAUCCCUACUCUAAGAUCAAACAGAGGGAGAAUGAUGUGGCUCUCAAGUACUACCAGAAGGCCGUGAAGUCCCUGGAGGAGCUCAGCUGGGAGGAGAGGCAGUUUGCCCUUGUCAGGGGCGUCCUGGCUGGGAAUGUCUUUGACUGGGGAGCCAAGGCUGUGUCUGAUGUCCUGGAAUCUGAUCCAGAGUUUGGGUUUGAGGAGGCUAAACGGCAGCUGCAAGAGCGGCCGUGGCUUGUUGAUGCCUAUGACCAGUGGAUUGAGAGACUGAAGGGUCCUCCUCACAAGUGUGCCUUGUUUUUCGUAGAUAAUAGUGGAAUGGACAUCAUUCUAGGGGUAAUGCCCUUUGUCAGAGAGCUUCUCUGUCGCGGAACAGAGGUUGUGCUGGCCAGCAACUCUGGUCCAGCUUUGAAUGACGUCACUAACGGUGAACUUCAAAUAUUGACCGAAAGAAUAGCUGCUAUGGAUCCAGUGAUUCAGUCUGGGCUGAAGGAGGACAGGCUCACGUUGGUCCAGAGUGGCUCCAGUUCUCCCUGCCUUGAUCUGAGCCGUUUGGACAAAGUGCUGGCCAUGGUGGUGCGGGAGCGGCAAACCGACCUGGUGAUCAUUGAGGGCAUGGGCCGGGCCAUCCACACAAACUACUACGCCAUGCUCACCUGCGAGAGCCUCAAGAUGGCCGUCAUCAAGAACUCAUGGCUGGCUGACCGACUAGGGGGGAAGCUGUUCAGUGUGGUCUUCAAGUACGAGGACCCAACCAGAAAACCCAGCAAGGAUACCGUAGCUCUCACACCCUCAUGAGCCAGCCUAGGUUGUGUUUCGGUUGGGCAGGAGGCUGAAGUCGAGGAACCAGUCAGAACACAGACUGUGGUGAUCAUGAGGAUCGUACUGCCACUUGUUGAAUGAAUGAUUGUAGUACUUACUGUAAAAUUCAGGAAGAUUUUAAAGAUGAUCCAUAACAGGGAGGCAUUCGAUUUUAAAACGGGGGUCAUUUUACCACAGGUUUUAUCUAGGGCUGUCAAACGAUUCAUCAUUCUAAUCGCAUUAAUCACAAGGUAAUUCGUGAAGUAAUUGCGAUUAAUCACAUAUUUACAAUGACUUGCUUCCUUACCGUUUCAUUGUUGUAUAGUGAAUUUGGAAAUGAUUUUUGUUUUGCAGAGUUAAUACAAUGGAUUCCCUGACACAAUCUGUGAUUUUCAGACUGUUGUCCUAUCAGCAUUGUCUUCCACAAUGCUGAUGGGACAACAACAGUCUGUGGAAAUUUAUUUAGCAGCUGCAUUACUCAGUUCUGCUGUGUUGACACAUUUGCCCAUAACACACUCCACAAGUGUGGUAUGACGUUGCUUCUACCACUGGAAAUGCUAGCAGAAACAUGUUUGGCACUGAGAUAUUUUAAAAUCAUGCUUAGACUGAACAAUAUUUCAGUAUUGCGGUUUGUCCAUAUGACUAUUUCUGUCCAGAGAUCCAUCGGUAAGCUUCUUGAAAGAAAACUGUCCAUCCAGUGGGUCACAGGAUGUCUUGUCGUUCAUUUUGUUUAUUAUCAGUAUUCAACUCGGUGUUGGCAGCAUGUGCUGCAUUUGUGACAUCAUGUGGGUUUAAGGGUAAAAAAUGAGUCGAAGUUCAACAUUUCAUUGAUUUCUGUCAAUUGUUUAAUAACGUGUUAAGUAGGGUUGGGUACCGAAACGCAGUGCCAAUAGGGCACCAGUUCUGACGUAAACGGUAGUAACGAGACCGAAUAAGAACGAAAAUUUCGGUACCUCAUUUCGGUGCCGGUCGCUGGUGUUCCGGUGUCAACUUGCGGUUGUUUAACGUGAUGUCAGUGCCGCUACUCAGCACACUUGUUGAUCAGAACUGAUAGUGAGAGGAUCAAUAAAGAUGCUGAAGGCAAAACGCUCCAGGGUUUGGCUGCAUUUCACGUCUAAGGAGGAUGCAGACUCUGCGACAUGCAACAGACGCCUUAAAGCAAUGUCGUGCAAGGGAGGUAACACGUCAAAUUUAAUGAAACAUCUGGCAUACAUGGAGUUUAUUUAAAAGCUGAACAAUGCACCGUGUUUGAUAAUCUACAUCAGCGGUCCCCAACCACCAGUCCACGGACCGGUACCGGGCCGCGAGACAUGCCCGACUGGGCCGUGCAGACCGACUGUAACCCCCCCCCUCCACCACAGUUGCGCACAAAUGGCACGAGUUUAUUAGUUCCAUAUGUUACUUGUAUUUAUAUUGUUUAAAUAUUUAAGUUAAUAUUGUGUUCAAUUUGGCCCUAGAAAUAAAAGGGUAUUGUUUUUUGACAAAGUGUGUGCGUUUUUGUUUUUUUAAGUACCGGUUCGAGAACCGUUUAAGCACCGGAACCGUUUAAAAAAUACCGAGUAGGCACCAGUAUCGGAUAAAACCCAACCGAUACCCAACCCAAGAGUUAAGGUCCUCAAAUUAAUCGCAUGCAUUAACGCGUAAACUUUGACAGCCCUAGUUUCAUCAGUACAAUUUACAUUGAUUUCUUUCAGGCGUCCAAUAAGAUGUACAAUCACUUAGUUUACCACCAUCGUUGCUGCCUACUGACCUCAUUCAGUACCUGAAGUGUGUUGUCGUUAAAAGGGAAAUCAUCAAGGGUUGUCUUCAGCAGGCUUGUUCUUUAAACAGACUGUUAUGGCAGAUGAGAUCUUUAGCUUGUGGACACAGACAUCAGACACAAUAAAAAAAGAAAUUGCAUCAGUCAUUGGCACCCUGCCAGCACACUGCAUCCAGUUACCAUAACGAUGCUGUGCAUAAUGGGGACGAGAUGCUUUUGCUGGUGUGUGUGUGUGUGUGUGUGUCUGUGUUCACACGCACCACAAGGGUAAUUACAGCUUUCAGUGGCAAAGCUUUUCACAAAAAGUGUGUUUCAUGUGCCUUGAGGCUGAUGUGAUCAAAGCAUCAUUCACUCACUAUUCAACCAGCUUGCUUUUAAUUUCUGUUGAAGGCUGCAAUAUACAGCAUAUAGCACAUCUGCUUUUGUUUUACAGCGAUUUCAUGCCGUAGACGGGAGUCCAUUUCACACAUGCACUGGACACUGCAAGUUAUACCGAUGUCAGCCAGAGGAGCUGUAUGUGUGAACACAAAUGUCUGCAUCCGUUGUUCCGCACUUUAUCCUCCCAGCUCCCUGCUACUAAGAGUGCAAAAUGUGCAGCACAGCCCAUGUAUGAAUAGGGUAGACACAGAUAGUAUUUCCUGUACGUGUGAACGUGUCCUGUUGUGUGCUACAUGUGUGAAAGGGCAUCUGGACCUGAUUCUCCGCUAAUUUGCAGAGUUGAUGUAUGAAGAUGUUGUAGAUUGAAUCCAUGGAUUUCUGUUUUUCAUUACUUCCAGGGGGUGAAUUGAGAUUAUUUAGAAAGUAUACAUGUGAUAUUAUCAUCUCUUAAGUAGUUAUUAAAGUUGCUUCAGGGAAUGUGUUUGACCAGUAUGAGUAGCAGCACUUAAUGACAGGAGGUUUGCAGUAAUUGGACUGUGUUACUCCACAAGGUGGCAGUGUUUUACUGUGAGUAGUCUUUAUUUUUGAACAUCUAGUAACUUUCCCAAAGUGCUUGGCCUCAGAAUCAACACUGCAUUAUUUCAGGUUGAAAUGUCUUCUCUUGGAUUCUUCAGUGAUGUUUUGCUUUCAUCACAAUAUCACACAAAACUUAAAAUUUUAAUGAUCCUAGAGCCAUAGGCUGUUAGGCCAUGGCACAAAUGGUAUGGAUUUACUUUCAUAAAAAAUUGGCAUGUAGAAUUAAAAGCUGCUAUUUAUCCUAAAUUAAAGAUGCAACUGUUCAAAGGCAAUAAAACCACAUCGCUUCAUUUUGAACAAACUUAACACUGUGAGAUUGGAAAGUGUCUGACCUAAUGUAUCGGUUAUUUCGCUGCUCAACAAAUUAACUCAAUUCAGUAUAGUUUGUCAGAUUCUAGAAGUCUUGCCUUGCUGUCAAAAUGUUCUCCCAAAGUUAUAGUUCCUUGACACGUGGACAUCACUUUGUGAUAUUGUAAUGUCAUUUGUACAUACAUGUGAAUUAAGAAAGUGUGUAUAUAAUUCAUUUGCAUCACUUCAUAUAUGCUCACAAAGCACAAUUUUGUGUACUAUAUAUUCUCCUGACAAUCAAUUUUAAUUAAAUGGUGAAAACCUAUAUUUUA